GCCAAAUCCAGUGUGCCAAAUCCACUGCGUGGCACACUGGACGUUGCAUAGUGGUCGGUGGAGAUAACUGGACUUUUUUCAGCACUUUUUGGGAAGACAAAUAAGACAUAGCAGCACAGCAUCGGCCCUCGUUGGCUCAUCGCUCUCCUUCCCCUAUUCCCCGCGGUGAGACUGGGAUUCCCUCGCUGCAACCAUGGUGGUGAUGAAGAUGAAGUUCCCCUUUCAGAAAAGGGUGAAGCUAGCCCAGGGACUGUGGCUCCUCUCCUGGUGUGCCACAGUGGCCGGGGCUAUCACCUUCACCCUGGGCUGCAUCCUCAAGACGGAGCUCCGCAGGAGGGCAGAGGUAAUGGAUAACUCGGACAUACACGUUGUGCCCAACACCCUCAUGAUCGUUGGUCUGGCCUCGUUGGGUAUCAACUACUUUGCGUCAAAGAUCUGUCAGGAUGCUCUGGAUGCCGGUCGAUUUCCCCGCUGGAAGAGCAUGUUGAAGCCCUAUUUUGCUGUCUCUUGUUUCUUCACCGUCCUCAUGCUGCUGGCUGUCAUCAUGAGCUAUGCAAUGAAGGGCAGUCUGGAGUCUUCUCUGAAGGCCGGCCUGAGGAACGGCAUCCGCUUCUACAAGGACACUGACACCCCAGGCCGCUGCUUCCAGAAACAGAACAUCGAUCGCCUGCAGAUGGAGUUUCAGUGUUGUGGAAACAAUGACUUCAGGGACUGGUUUGAGGUCCAGUGGAUCAGUAACCGCUACCUUGACUUCAGCACUAAGGAAGUGAAAGACCGCAUCAAGAGCAACGUGGAUGGCCGUUACUUGGUAGAUGGAGUCCCAUUCAGUUGCUGCAACCCCAGCUCUCCACGGCCAUGCAUCCAGUAUCAGCUCACCAACAACUCAGCUCACUAUAACUAUGAUUACCAAACCGAGGAGCUCAACAUCUACCUCCGAGGCUGCAGAGAGGCCCUGGUCAACUACUACAUGGGCCUGAUGAACACCAUUGGGGCUGGAGUACUGUCAGUCUUCCUCUUACAGGGCUCUGUGCUGGUGAGCUUGCGCUUCCUGCAGACCGCCAUGGAUGCAGUGGCAGGGAAUGAAAACACAGAGAUUGAGACAGAAGGGUACUUGCUGGAGAAAUCAGUGAAAGACACCGUCAUGGAGUACAUCGGACCUGUGUUGAAGUUCCUCCUGCUUACGAACCAGGUGGAGGAAGGCGCUGCUGCUGAAGGCGCAGCUCCAGCAGCUAAAUAAACCAUAAAUGAUGUACACACAUGUAAAUAAUUUUUACACAGAGAAGGCAACUAAUGAAUGAUAAUUGAUUAUUUAAAUCUGAAAACAGAAUAUGAAUUUCACAGAUAUAGGGAUAGUAUUUUUUAUUGUCCGAUGACCGUCACAGAAUAAGUACAUUUUUAUUACAUUACUGUACUUUCCCAUUCAAAUUCCAUAUGGGGAACUGAUACCCCCUUUGUUAAACACACACUGUAUCAAGGGUGUAGGUUUCGCUUACGUUGUUCUCAUGCACUGUUCGUAUGGUUACCUGCGAAAAGUAAUGCACCAGAAUUCGUAUAUAACCCACCUAAUCAUGAAGGAGGCUAGUGACAAAUGCGCUGACGGGAGUAAAGAAGGAAGUGGAAUAAAAAACGAAAAUCUGCAUACGGAUGCAGGUUGGGGUGGUGGAUAGAUCAAACAAACAUAGAUCUUUCCCCCAGGAGACUGGUGUUUGUGUCCCAUGUAAAAUGAAGUGAACUUUGAGUUAUUUUAAGGUACGACGUCAUGAUACGUUAAGCACAUAACUUUUAAGGCGCCCAACUGUAUUUCUUUUCCUAACCUACGUAACUUUAAGUACGUAAUAUGACAACACCCAAUCAUAACAUUUUCCUAAACUUAACCAAACCGAUAAUUCCGUAGGAUAUCAUACGAACAGUACCAGAGUUUGGGGGUCCCCCAUCUAAAAAGUUUUAGCAUCAAACACUGGAUUUUCUACAUUUGCAUCAAUUUGUGAUAUAAUUGUCUUCAAUUUUGUCAAAGUCCUCUGCUACUUUCAUGUUUUUAUUUGGGGGGACAAAUGCACAUGUUCUGAAUAUUGAGGGAAACAUGUCCCCUGCACCCCCCUCAACCCCCACCCCCUCAAUCUAUGCCUAUGUACUGUAUAACAUCAGAAAACAUACUCACCCACAUAAGUUAUUGUAAACACAUGAUUUCAACUAAAUUUGAUUUUUAAAAUUAUUUCUCUGCUUUGUUUUUUGGUGUUGAUGAUAAGCCCUUUAUUGUUAUAUUUGUUUACAGCUCCACAAAUACACAGAGUCACUUCACUGCUUUCUUUGGCUUUUGAAUGUGAUGUGCAUCGUUAAUUGCAUCCUCAAGAGUCUGUAUCCAAAGCAGUAAAACACAAAAAAUAUUUUCAGUCUUAUAAAACAAGGCUAUGAAGCUGACUGUAGAGUAAAAUGAAGCACAAUGCACUGCUCUGCAACAGGACUACCACAUAAUAUAACAGAAGCAGGGGCUUCUGGCAAAUGUUUGGGGCCCCACGGAAAAAACAUUUGGGGGAAAGGAGCCUCUGAUGGCCACUCAUUUUGGCACAUUUUACAAUCCUAAAGCUUUGACCUCCCUUAAACCUCAUAAAGGCACUAUACAGUGCACCGCCACUGCACCAAAACCCCCCUCGGGCCCCUUCUAGCUACCGUAUGACAGCUGGAUACCGAUAGUUAGGACAGGACCUCCUUUGCCUGGGGCCCCCCAGAGGCAAGGAUCAUCACUAAACAAAAGUCUUAUUAAAGUUUGAGGUCCCUAAUUGCCUUAUGGAGUGGAGUCACUUACUGCUUCUAUUUUUGUUAGACAUUAUCAUACUUCACCUGUCAGAUGUCACCGUCACUAACAGGUGCUCUGAGUCGCUAAUAGCUCCCUGCCUCUCUCGUCCCCAUCAGUGAAAGGAAUACAAAAGGAUUACGAAGAUAAUCGAUGUCAGUAAUGCAGUGAAAGCCAUUGAGUGUGUCCUCUGUUCUGACACCUUUGUUAAAGCUUUUAAUCCCAUUUGUUAAUACUCAACCUGCUGCCCUUGCAGUUAGACACCUGCGUCAGGUGAAUGUAAGAUGCAAAGUGAACUAUGAGCCAAGGCUUUGUUUGCUUAUGGAAAUUAAGUACUGGAAAACAUAUAUAUAUAAUACUGAGAUAUAAUUUUUCAAAUUCAGAUGAAUAAUUUGUGUUCUUUCCCCAUGUCUCCAGGCAGUUCAGUAAAUAUAAAGGGAAUUAUCCUACACUUUCUUUGUUUCUUUCUAAAAACACAAUAUUGGUUACCCUCUGAAAUCUAUUUCAACCCAUGUGAAUAGCUUUAUUAAAGGUCCUUUUAAAAACA